AUGAAGCUUGCCUGCCAUUUUACCUUGAUGACUGCAGUUUCUGCUCAAGGUGAAGAGAAGGGAAGAUGGGUAACUGGACAGACUCUCGGGGCGAGAUCGAGAAUCAGUAGCAUGAUUCCAAACAACCCUCGAAGAUUCAGUUUGUUCACUGACAUCAUGACUCAUCGAAAUUCAAACUUUAACGUCUAUUACGGUGGUUCUUACGGCUGCCACUGCGCCUUCCUUGCCUCUGACCGACCUCUCACUUCACCUGGAACCGGACCACCAGUCGAUGAUCUUGACAGAACGUGCAAAAACUUCAAGUCUUGUCUCUCUUGCGCCCGAGAAAAGUACGGAACGACGUGCAUUUCAGAGCUUCAAGAAUACGGCUACACGAAGGAGUCGAAUGGCUACAUUCAGUGCACCGACCAAGCGGAUACUUGCCAACGUGCAAUUUGCGAAUGCACAGCUCUCUUUGCCGUCGAGCACGCAGCUAUCGACGACGUUACUAACGGAUUCCUCCAUUACAUGAACUACCCUAUGUUCAAGCAUCAAGAAAUCUGCCCGCAUCUGUGCAAUAAAGAGAAGUUCGAUUUGAGCAACUCGAGCGAGCACCUUGAAGAAGGAACGUCGGACGGGCGAUAUCCAUCGCUUGAAUUCCUUGUCAACGGUAGAAAAUGCUACGAAAAAGAAGACGGAUCUCAAAUCGUCUGGAACAGCGAGCAGCAGAGAUGGGAGAUUACGAAAGAUGGGGAAGUAGAGUUUGUUCACCUUUCCGACCAAGCGUGUCCUCCAAAAGAAGGCUGGAAUUUAACAAACGAGGAUGGUUCUGUUGGAGAAGGCGCAAACAUUCUUGUUGGGCGACCAAAUGUGGGACCUGAGGAAGCAUACGACGGACAGUGCUGCGCUAAUCCAAUCGGACCAUUUUCAAUUUUCAACUCGGUGUCUCAAGAAUGUUGCUCGGAUGGAUCCAUAGCCGCUAUUGGUGACUGCUAG